CAUCUGCCUUCCUCAACUGUCAUCUCGAGAGGCAUACAGACGUGCUGACUUCUUGUGCGAAUUCAAGACUGAGUGUCGUGAAAUAAUUCCAACCAACUUAUAAAAGGUCCUUUGCAAAGCCACAUUGCUUUGCAGACCAGCGUUCCCGAAUUAUUUAAAGAAAAAUAAGCAUCUUCCUAUAACUUGUUUCAGUUUUAAGGAACAAAAAACAUGAUGGGUGGCGAUGGUAAACUCCUGGACACUACCCAAGUCAUCAAUGGUUUGGCUGUGCUCCUCUCAUUUUUCGUAGGCUAUAAGUAUGCCAUCAAAAAGCACAUUACAGAAGCUGGCGAUGAUAAAGAUAGUUGUUCCAAAGACGAAGCUAGUUCAGCUGGAGCGAUGUCCUUUUCAGAUUACUCAGAUAACUACAAAAUGGUCCUUGUAGUGCGAAACGACCUCAAGAUGGGAAAGGGCAAGAUAGGCUCCCAAUGCGGACAUGGAGCUGUUGGGGCUUACCAAAAAUCAAUGAGACAUAAACCAAAUCUCGUACGUUUAUGGGAACGAACUGGUUGUGCUAAAAUAGCUUUAAAGGUAGAAAGUGAAAGAGAACUCCAGACAAUCCGUAGAGCUGCUGAAGCUAAUGGUCUGAUAUGUUGCGUCAUCCACGAUGCUGGUCGCACACAAAUCGAACCCAAUUCCAAGACUGUAUUGGCCAUCGGGCCAGCUGCUGCUAGUGAUAUCGACAAGGUUACAGGCCAUCUGAAGCUUUUGUAAAGCUCAAUGCGGUUUUUUCACAUUUCCGAGUUGUUGAAUAAUAUUAUAUUCAACUUCCUUGACGAAUUUUAACGUACGGGUACCUUUCAUGCAAUUCACUUAAAGGAGCACAUGUCUUCGUUUCAUCCAAUUAGCACGAAAACAUGCAACUUGAUUCACCCUAACUCUUAAGAUUUUCUUACUGUUGUUUUUUUCGAAACUAAAAGAUUAUUGACAUUGAAGUCAAGCAAAUAAAAAAAAAUAUAUGCAUAAGUAAAUGGC